ACAGAAUAUAAUACCCCCUUUAUAGCCCAUUUCGAGGAGUCCCUGACUCCGACCUCCCAUCGUUUACAUCAUCGAUCCAGCAGUCCGCGGUCCAGACAGACGCCGCAGGAGUUCGCUCACUCAUUUCCCCGCAUUCCCAGCCUCACCUGAACCUUGGUUUGGACACCUCGCAUCAAUACAUCACUACACGGCGCACUCGGAGCGGGGCCCGCCCAUUUGACCUCUAGUCCUCGUUCUCCCGUCCCUGGGCCCUCGCUUAGACGUCGCCCGUGCACAUCAACGUUUUCUGAGUACAUAAGCUCUAAAGGCGCGAAACGCGUGCGGCGAAAUGAUAAUGAACUGAGCCUGAACUGAGCCAGGCAAUUUCUCACUUUCAACCCACUCGAUGGGCUGCGCCGGGGUGAUCAGAUCGUCGAAGAUGAGCAGUCACUGCAUUUCACGGGUACCUAGCCCCCUCGGGGGCUUCGGCUUGCGAGUGAUGGGCGAGCCAAAGGCGAGUCGGGCCUAGAUCACUAGCCGACCGUGGAUUAGGUAACUAGCCGGGAUUUGGGGGCUCCGGCAUGCGAGCCGGCAGCUGAUCAAGUAGGCCGCACGGAGUCUACACGUGGCUAUUUCCACCGCAUCAAAACCCACUGGUGGUUAGCUGUGACCUGCUGUGACUUGGUCGAAUUUUUCCUUCCUGUUGAUGACAUGGGAGCGAGGAAGCGGUCGAUGGGGGCUAGUGACGAUCAAGUGAUGGACGAUCAGGCUAGCCACUCCUCGUCCCACACUAGCCACCUCUAACCACGGCAGUGCCUAGACACCUCGCCACUUCAUGGGGGCUAGCACUGAGCUACCCGACUAGCCACCAAAAGGGGCUAGGUACCCUUGAAAUGCAAGUUACGUCAGUCCGAGCGCGUCUAGUUUGUAAAGCAGGUACCGCUAAGUACCGGAUGCUCAUCCGAUGCGACGUUGCCCUGCUGACUCAGCCGAAACAACGUGGAUUUGUCAGCGGCACAGUACGCGCAAGCCAUCGCCGACCGGACAUCUUCGCCGCAUUCGUUGAACUGGUGGAUUUGUUGGAUCAACUCUGAGUCGUGGGCUGGAAUGAAAGCCGUAUAAAAGGGGGCCCCUCUAGCGAAAUGUCUUUCUGGACCCCCCCUCCUCAGCCAGCCACCAAGCUCGGAUUCUACCGCACACUCUCGGCCAAAGCGGGCGUGCAUGUCUCGCCCCUCCAGCUGGGCGCCAUGAGCAUCGGCGACAAGUGGGACAAGCUGGGGAUGGGAUCUAUGGACAAAGCAUCCAGCUUCAAACUCCUGGACGCGUAUUUUGACGCGGGCGGAAACUUCAUCGACACUGCGAACGUCUACCAGGAUGAGACGUCCGAAAUGUUCAUCGGCGAAUGGGCCGAGAAGCGCGACAUCCGAGACCAGCUGGUCAUCGCUACCAAGUAUACCUCUGGAUUCAAAGUGCGACAGCCCAAGUACACCCAGCAGGUCAACUACGUGGGGAACAACAUCAAGUCGAUGAACGUCAGCGUCGAUGCCAGUCUCAAAAAGCUGCGCACGCACUACAUAGACAUCCUUUACAUGCACUGGUGGGACUGGGACACGAGCAUCGAGGAGGUCAUGGACGGGCUGCACAACCUCGUCGUCCAGGGCAAGGUCCUCUACCUCGGUGUCUCAGACACCCCCGCCUGGGUCGUCGCGCAGGCGAACCAGUACGCCCGCGACCACGGCAAGUCGCAGUUUGUGAUCUACCAGGGCGCGUGGAACGUAAUGGCCCGCUCGUUCGAGCGCGAGAUCAUCCCCAUGGCUCGAGCAUACGGGAUGGCGCUGGCUCCGUGGAACGUGCUGGCUGCCGGCAAGUUGCGCACUGAUGCCGAAGAAGAGGCGCGCCGCGUUUCCGGAGAGAAGGGCCGCAUGAUGUUUGGACCCGAUUGGGAACGCAAUGAGGACGAGAGGAAGAUGUCCGCGGCGCUAGAGAAGGUAGCUGGUGAAGUCGGAACAAAACACAUCACCUCUGUUGCGAUCGCGUACUUGAUGCAAAAGCUUCCGUACGUUUUCCCCAUCAUCGGCGGUCGCAAGGUCGAGCACCUGUUGGCGAAUGUCGAGGCCCUCGACGUGGUCCUGACCCCGGAACACAUCGCCUAUCUCGAGAGCAUCCUGCCAUUCGACCCCGGCUUCCCCAACUUCAUGAUUGGCGAUGGUCUGAAGCACAGUAAUCUGAUGACAUCUGUCACACACUUCGAACGUCUGCCUAUUCCUCAGGCCAUUCGAAAGGUGUAGAUGCUUGGCGAAAAACACUGCGGAACCUCCAUGUACUUUCACUGAAUGUAUAUCGUACAUCAUGCAAUCGUUGCUUCUUUCUGUUUGAGUGCGGUUCGAAUCAGGACCCUUCAGG